AUGGCCGUCCCAAUCAAAGGCUCAGCCCUACUAUGGCUGAUUUUCUUGCAGACUCCUGCUUUUGCGGCAUACGUGCCGCAGGAGCUGAUGGUCCGCAGUGCCGCGACAGGCUUGGGGUGCCUUUUGAUGCAAGGCUCCGAGCUGAAGUGCUGGGGGUACAACAGUCACGGGCAGCUCGGCUUAGGCGAUACAGACAACAGAGGAGACAGCUCAAGCAGCAUGAUCGCAGUCGCCCCGGUGAUUGACUUGGAGGGAACCCCGACACACGUGUGCACCGGCGAGACGCACGCCUGUGCGGUGCUGGAUGACAGCACUCUCAAGUGCUGGGGCGCUGGAGGGGUUGGCCAAACGGGACAAGGGGACCAGCUGAACCGCGGUGAUGAAGCAGGUGAGAUGGGUGAAAACCUUCCUGCAGUGGACGUGGGUUCAGGGCGUACUGUUUCGAAGGUGGCAUGUGGAGACACAUGGACGUGCAUGGUCCUCGACAACGGCGCCGUGAAGUGCGUGGGAAGAGGCCACUACGAGCGCAUCGGCUACCCCAUUUCCCCGGGCAUGAUGGGACAUGCUCCCGAGUACAUCGGAGACCAUUUGCCAGAAGUGAACUUAGGAACCACGGCCACUGACGUGUUCGCAUCCUUUUGGCAUUCUUGUGCCAUCCUGACGGAUGGUUCGGCCAAGUGCUGGGGCCGCCCAGACAACGGCAUGCUCGGAACAGGCCAGGCACGCCUUGGCUUCGAUACCAUCGAUGUGGGAUCAGGUCGCACGGUGACCCACAUGGCGCUUGCAGAGUAUGCCACAUGUGUCCUACUUGAUGAUAGCACCGUGAAGUGCUUCGGACGUGGUUCUGACUCCAAGGGUGUCCUGGGCUACGGAGACACGCAGAACCGGGCCAGCACAGAUGCUCCGGUCGUGGAUCUGGGCACUGGAAAGACAGCCAAGCACAUCACUGCCGGCCGUUACCAUGUGUGCGCCCUUUUGAACGAUGACACGCUGAAAUGCUGGGGAGAUGGCACGACCUAUGGUGUUUUGGGUGGAACCGUCGAUACGGUUGGUGAUGGGCCGAAUGAAAUGGGAGACUUUCUUCCACCCGUCGAUGUGGGCACUGGCAAGACGGUGCACCAGGUCUCCGCAGGUGAGUACAACGUCUGUGCUUUGUUGAACGACAACGCAGUCAAAUGCUGGGGACGAGGUGACUUUGGAAUGAACGGCUUGGGAGACACGGCGAAUGUCGGCAUCAAUUCGGGCGAGAUGGGAGACAACUUGCAAGAAAUCGAUUUCGGCGGUCC